CAGCCUCCAGCACAAGAUGGCGCCGCGGGGAGUUGCACCUCCUCUUGUGUGAGGAAACGCGAAGUGACUUGUGUGCACCGUGUUCCAGCUCCGCGUUGCCCCGCGAGAGAGCAGAGUAGGCCCCGGCGGGUGCGAUGGCCGCCGUGGUGGCCAAGCGGGAAGGGCCGCCGUUCAUUAGCGAGGCAGCGGUGCGGGGCAACGCGGCCGUCCUGGAUUUCUGCCGGACCUCGGUGUCAGCGCUGUCGGGGGCCACGGCCGGCAUCCUCGGCCUCACCGGCCUCUACGGCUUCAUCUUCUACGUGCUCGCCUCCAUCCUGCUCUCCGUGCUGCUGAUCCUCAAGGCAGGCCGAAGGUGGAAAAAGUAUUUCAAGUCGCGAAGACCUCUCUUUACAGGAGGCCUCAUCGGCGGCCUCUUCACCUACGUCCUCUUCUGGACGUUCCUCUACGGCAUGGUGCACGUCUACUGAAACGGCAGGGGCACUGUCCAAACGAAAGCAAAAUGCGGUGGAGGACGGUUGCCAGGCGUUAGCACCGUGUAGACUUACUUAGUUUUUAAAUCGUUGAAUAAAUCCGCUGCUCGUUCUGUUAACGUUACAAGCAAUUUCUAUCCGAAGACAAAGAGCCUGUAUUAUCCUAGAGAUUAAAUGAAGCGUGAGACACUU